AUUCACAACCCGUCCACCACUUGAAAUCGAAACUGGUGGCCUGGGUAGGUGCGUCAAAGCUCUCUCUUAGUAUGAAAGGUGAGCAUGAUUUAUUGAGCCAUUGGCACAUUGCAGCACAUAUAUUCCCCUCCUCACCAAAAUCCACACGACACGAACGGCAAACCGCGCCGAACGCGAAAGACGCCGCGCUUUUGUUGCCAUGCCGAUGACAUGUAAACAUGGAACGGGUCGUUCGAGUUGAUAUACCGCCUCGGAUAGACGAUAAUGCCAUCGUUGGCACGGGCUUGUCAUCCUGGGUGCUCCGGGUGGAUGCUGUCGCCAAGUGCUACACUAAUCCAGAUGAAAGAGACAGGGAGGUUGCCAUAUAUGAACGCCUCGGUCGGCACAAGUCAAUUCUCCCAUACUAUGGCACAUUCGAAGCAAGUGUGCUCUUGCAAUUUGCCUCUCACGGCACAGUUCGACAGUACCUGGACUGUUCGCACAACAUGCCCCCGCUGGCCAUGAGAUUACUUUGGGCGGAACAAGUGACAGAAGCAAUCUCUUUCCUGCACUCGAAGGGGAUAUUCCAUUGCGACAUCUCAUAUGACAACAUUUUCCUGGAUGCUAGCUGCAAUGCUCUUCUUGGCGACUUUGCAGGAUCUUCGAUUGAUGAGAAAGAGCCCUUUGGGUGGUAUGGGACCAGCCACUCUCACCCUGAUGCUGAGGAGCCGUCGAUCCAGAGUGAGAUUUUUGCUCUGGGCAGCACUUUCUUUGAAAUUAUGACUGGGAAGAAUCCCUUCGAGGGCCGAAAGAGUAAUGAGGUGGAGAGAGCCAUCAGGUCAGGAGACUUCCCUUCCUUGGAUCAUCUACCCGCGUUGCGCACUGUUGUCUCCAAUUGCUGGAGAGGCGAGUACGCAACAGCCAACGAGCUACUACAGGAAGUGAGAGACGAAGCGGGAUCACGAUGCCUCCUAGUCGACCAACGACAGGAACAAGAGCCUCACAGCUGCCAAUCAUGCAUGUUAAGGUAUACAUGAAGUAAGGUAUCGGAUAUCAAUAUCGGGCGCCCAGGAACUGCAAUUUCAGGAGUACCUAGUCGCAAGGCAAAGCGAAGACCAGAGUAUAGGUACAGAACGACGCAGAACCGGAGCAAGCAAACGAUCCCGUGGUGGAGUCCGUGACCGGGUCCUCUACAUAUUUUGGACGCAUACUGUUUGUAAUGUCGAUUGACUACCUUACACUUCGCUGCCUAACAGGGCGAUGCCAUUCGCGAUGUGUCAGCGGAGCCGCGAACUGAAUCGGUGGCCUGCUGGUGGUCCGUCCUUGGUCAUACUGAGUCAACGUGCUUUGACGUCCUGCAUUCCACUCUUUUAUGGAAAAUAUAAACAAGCCCCGC